UCACUCAAUUGCUGCAUUAUGUAGGUGGACGAAAGAGAGAGAGAUCGGGAGAAGGAUAGGGACAAAGCAAACCUUCUGAAGGAGGAUAUGGAUGCUAAUGUUGCCUCUAAGAGACGGAAACUAAAAAGAGAGCAUCUUCCAUCAGGGGAAGCCGGUGAGUAUUCUCCUGUGGCUCCACCACCUCCUCCCCUUGCUAUCGGUGUCUCGCAGUCGUAUGAUGGACGAGAUAGGGGAGACCGAAAGGGAGCCAUGAUGCAGCGUGGUGGUUACAUGGAAGAGCAAAAUAUGAGGGUUCAUGGAAAAGAAGCAGCCACCAAGAUGACUCGUCGUGAUUCAGAUCCAAUGUAUGACCGAGAGUGGGAAGAUGAGAAGCGGCAAAGAGCUGAACAGAAGAGGAGACAUCGGAAGUAGUAUUCUUCGAGGGAAACUAGUUGCCUUAGUGCAAGUUGACCAACUGUUCAUUUCCUCGUCUUGAUGUUAGCUUAAUGUACAUUUUUGUUGUUUCUUGCUAGGUCGUCAGCUAAAUACGCAAAAGAAAUUAGAAUGCUUGAACUGGGGUUUUGCCCAUCAUCCUUAACCCUUAUGUCCCAGUUGCAGAUUUGCUGUAGUCUUGGAUUUUACUAUUGCUUUCAAAAAUUUAUUUGGAAAAAGCGUGUCAAAUGAGAAGUUGAAACUGAUUCAUACCCUGUACGAAUGCUGUAAAUUCAAUUAGUCUUUAGUCAAGUAAUUAUUCCAACUCUUUAUCCUC